AUGUCAAGUCUAGCUGCACAGCUAGCACAAAAUGCAUCCCUAAACGCUUCUCUUUUGGUCGAUCGAUCCAAACGAAAACCCACCGUUUCAUACCUCUUCACUGGCCGAGAAGCAGACCAACACGACUUAGACGCUAUCCACGCCUUGGGAAUCAACUCGCUGCUGCAUUUGGCUUCUGUGAGGCCUGGCCUGAAAAAAUAUGAAGAGAUCCUCUUCUCCGAGAGAGCAAGAGAGACAGAUAGGACUAUGCUUACGAAGGAGAAUGUGGAGGAACUGAACGAGGCGAUCGAGGAUUUCUUGUUGCUAUUGGGACCUUACUUAAUGGAGGCUCCUGCAACGAAAAUUUUGGAGUGGCUUGUAAGGAGGUUCAGGAUUCACGAAUUUAAUCUCGAAGCUGUUCUUUCUCUAUUCCUUCCCUAUCAUGAAUCUCCGCACUUCGCAAAAAUGGUCACCAUCUUGCAAAUAAAACCGAACUCGACAUGGAGCUUUCUCAUUCCCUACAAAUCUGCUGCUCAGAAGCUGCCUCGCGUUUCUCUUGUCACCGAGAUGCUCAAGAACGAUGAAGUCGCCCGUUUCGUGGCCUCUCUUCUCCCCACCGGUGUUAAAAAGGACCUGAUUCAUCGCACUUUGGUUGCAUUCUAUGCGGCUACUAUGCAUGAGUUUAUUACGCGAAGCAAGUCUCUCAAGGAGGGUACAGUUGCAUAUAUACUCCCGGCGCUGCUCGAACCUCUGCAGCGAAAGGUGAAACUGACGUCGGGGGAUGUUGUACUAGGAAGCUACAUCCUCUUCUCCGCACUGUCAAAGAAAUGUGAAUUGUCCGCUUCCGCUCUUAACAUCGUCGUUGGUGCCAUGGCAUCUUCUGCCCAGACGGUAAAUCCAGAUCAAUUCGUCAAUUCCCUUGUCGCCGUCUGUGAACCACAACCCGAACUGGAGCACCUUUCGGAUAAGACACUGAAUGCCAUUCUUCAACUUUCCAAGGUGAAAGAAUGCUUUACUUCAACUAUGACAUGGGUUGGCUGCGAGAAGGUCCUUUCUCCCCUGGCCAGGGGACUCAGUAACAGAUUAAAUGAUGAGACCGCUGUUUCGUUACUAGAAGCCCUAAUUGCCAUGCCCUCCAUUUCUCUGGCUGUCAUCGAGGCUUUGACGUCAACCCUACUCCUCAUCAGCAUCAAGCAAGAUAAUGGAACAGAAACGAUCGUCACUGCUCGUCGGCUUCUAUCAUUCGUGCAGCAACGCUAUCCAGCUGUACUACAGAGGAUUGCCGAUGGGCUUUCUGAGGACGAGGAGUCAAUCCCACUGGCGAUGGGCCAAUUAGUCAUCUCCUUAUCCACAAUUCCUGGGAUGUCGAGUGGCAUCGAAGAUUUCGACACAAUUACUUCAUCCUCCAGUGCCGAUGAGAAAAUUCGAACAGCCGCCGUCAAGAAGUUGCUCAAAUCGCUUUCAGGCAAGGAACUUACGGAACUUAAGGAACUAGAAUCUAUUCGAGGUGUGCUUACUGCUCGUCUUCAAGACGACAGCACGGCUGUUCUUGGAGCUCUGUAUGGAAACCCAAGUACCAUCACCCAGGUCUUCCUCUCGGAUCCGAAGUUGUACCUCUCAUCAUUACGUACUGCGAUGACGUCCCAACCCAAAACCAAGCGGGAUGCCCUCCGUCUACAUCUCACGUUCCUAUUCUCCCAUUUCUACAGUAGCGCAGAUCAGGCAAUCAAGGACGAAGUCUUUCACGUGCUCGUCUUCCCGUUAUUGCUAUUCUCCAAAUCCAGGCAGAAAACGGCGGAGCUUGUAUGGGACAUCGUUAGCGAGCAGCUCGAAUCGCAGUCAACGAAAGGGUCGGUGCUUUCGGAGUGGCUCGCAGGAUGCGCUAAACUCGUCAAAGAGGCGGUAGUGAAGAAUGAUGGCGCGGAUUCCGUCGAGCGGAUGAAUCAUACCAACUUCGCUGUCGCAGGCAAGAUCGCAGAAAACAUUCUUGCUUCAAACCGCUUCUCAGACUACCUCAUCACCCUCCUUGGCAAAUUGCAAGACUGCAGCGUGCAUACAAAGUUGUUUGCUUACUUGAUCAGCCUGCUUCUGAUCAGGAAGGCGUCGGGCGACCACCAACUCGACGUUGCCCAACGCAUGCUGGAAGUGAUGGAUUUGAAGCGACUUUCCGGUGUCAAUGAUCUAUCGCAGGAACAUCUCUCGCUUGGAUCUGCUGAGGACGUUUCGUUUGGCAGAUAUGCCGUCACCAAGCCUCACAAUGCGGCUGCUUUAAGUUGGCUACAAGUGUAUAUGAUCGCCACGAUUGCACAAAUUGCGAAGCCACAUGGCGUUGUCCUUGACUGGUUUGCGUCUGCGGAGAUUGGAUCCACCAGCUGCGGACGGCGUUACGUUCGCCUUAUGCGAUCCAUCUAUCGACUCGCAAACGCCUCGACGACCCUACCCGUAUUGUCUUCCGCCAUUCUUCAGUUGCUAUUUAUCAGCCUGCAAGAUGGCGCGUUGGCAUUCUUAGCCGGCAUUUGGACAGCCCCGGCCACCGACGACUUGAAGGAAUCCAUAGGCAUUUCGUUACUUCACGCUGCUGCGUUCUUAGAGGCGCAUAUACAGGAAGAUGAUGGCAUAGAUUUCCAGACCAUUUUACCGGCCGUCCUUGUUGCUCUACAGAGUUCAGAUGCUCAAGUCCGGGAAGGUGGUCUAGAAUGCAUUUCCAGGAUCAGGAUACUGAAUGAACGGUGGUUGUCGUCGAUCUAUCAGUUUGACGUUAUCUAUGGACAGGGUGAUAAUACCCUCCAAUACUUAGAUCAGAGUGAUUUGAAGCGUUAUCUGAACGACCUCGUGGGGCAUCGCGACCACUUCGCAAACGACGCGUCUUAUCUCAAAGUUUUCCAUGAGCAAUACUUGGGUCGUGCCAAAUCAGAAAAAAAGAAGGAUGUUGACUAUAAACACCGCGUGAUAUGCUACAUUCUGUCGCAUGUGAAUGCCAUGUCUUCGGAAUCUGCCCAGGUCGCCCUUCUCAAAUCUAUCGCCACCAUCGCUGACAAGGCGAAGAGUCAAAUCCUGCUUCCAACAAUCCAAGCCCUGGUCGAAAAGGCGUCCAGGUCACCAGCUCCCACCAUCUUUGUUUCCACUUCAGAAGAGCUCACCACGCGUACUUUGAGUUGUCUGGAUGCUACAGCCGCUGAACAUUUGAAUGCAUCGACUCUGACAUGGGAUAUCUUCACACAAAUGGUCCAGACGUACCUUCGUCCAGGCACUCCACUGGCCGCUCAGCAAGCCCUUGUUCACGGUCUGGAGAUGGGCUUAUUCUCGGCUCUGAAUGAGCAGAACAAGAUCACACUCUGCGACAUCCUGCUGGAACUCGGUUCGAAGGAUCUGUCCUCCAUGUCACUAGCCAGAAACUUGCUCUCGAACAUUCUCGUCGAUGUGUCGUUGAUCAUUCACCUGUUGGACAUCCUAUCCCCUGUCGGACCGCCCUCCAGUCCAAGAGUCAGCAAACGGGCCAAGACCUUAGAAGCUCCAAAAGACACUCUGCCUCGUCUGAGUCUCUUGGCCGAAAUACUGGGAACCAAGUCGCUGCCAGGAGAUCUUGACCUUAUUUCUCGCCUGCUAGACACCCUCAACCAGGUUGUGCAAUCUCUCCCUCCUACGCAAGCCGAGGUCAGCUACAUCGAGCAACUCCUGAUGUCUGCUAUCGAGAGCGCCGCUUCCAAAGUCAUAGAGGCCCCAAACCUAUCGCCGAGCGUAAUCAGGUUGGACAUUCUCGUUGAGGUCAUUCGAGUCUGCGGUAACCCUCAAACCUUCCAUCAAGCCCUCCUUCUGAUUGCAAAUUUGGCCCGUUUGGCGCCUGAAUCCGUUCUUCUCAAUGUGAUGCCCGUCUUUACGUUCAUGGGUUCCAAUGUCUUCCAUAGAGAUGACUCCUACAGUUUCAAAGUUGUCCAACAGACAAUCGACGGAAUUGUUCCUGUCAUGGUCUCAUCGUUGAAGAAGGCCCAUUCCCAGCCUCUUGAUCUAUACAUCGCUUCAAGAGAUUUCCUCCGUGUCUUCACGGAUGCGGCAACCCACAUUCCACGUCACAGGCGCAACAACUUCUUCGCCCAUCUGGUUGAUGUCCUUGGUGCUCAUGUCUUCUCCGCUCCUCUAUGCAUGCUUUUACUUGAGAAAACUGCGAACCGUAUUACCCGCCAAUCAUCCGAGGAGAUUCAAAGCUCUCUUUCUCUGCCGAUCUCCGUGUUCCAGCAUUCGGUUUAUGCCGUUCAGAUUCAUACUGCAACUGAAAUAUUGAAGGAAAGCCAACGACUCCUCGACCAUGUCAGCGAUCCUAAAUCAAUAGGGCCCUUCUUUUUGGAAGGAACAAUUGAUAGUGAUCAUUUGGUUUCAUUCACAACUGUAAUGAAACGGCGUCUCCAGGCAUUGAUCAUCUUCAUUGGGUUCGCCCUCAAGGCCAGAGUAACCUCUCCUGGAGCAUUAGAAAGACCUACAAUGAGCAUGGUAAUUGCUCAGCUCAUAAAGCUGGCUACAUCUACUUCGAGCGAGGUCAAGACCGACGAGGUGUCGGAGGUUGCCCGCCUCUCUCUCAGGAGGCUGCUGGUUUCCAUGUCUGUCGUUGACUUCGUUGACGUCAUAAAUUCAAUGCUAGAAUCCCAGGAUGUCAAGAUCCAAGCUGGUGCAUUGGAAUUAUUGGCAAAGAGAUUGCCUCAUGCAUCCUCGAAGAUGCGCUCAAGCAUUAGCGCUGUGAUCAAUAAAAUCCUGGUUUCGAUCAAGAACACCCUUACCAUUCAGAGAGACAAUCAAGUGACCACAUUUGCUUUUCAAUCCAUGAAGUCCAUUGCAGCAACCCUGUGUCCAGGCGAAGAAGGACCAAUGUCGGACUUGGUUCCCUAUGUCUUGUCUGGGAUCAAAGAGCAGGAAUUAGUUUCUUUUGCACUUUCGGCGGUAGCAUCAAUCAGUAUUAAAUUAGGGCCCCGUAUUAUUCCUUUCUUCCGUUCAAUCGUUUCCCAUUGUAUUGCCAUCCUGCGCGGAAAUGACACAGUCUUGUUCGAGGAUGCACUGGCGAUUCUACACGGGUUGUUGACGACUAUUCCGACAUUUUGGGGCAGCGGUGACGUGACUGAGGUCGUAUUCUUGUACAUGGAUAAAUUUUCAUUCGUCCCGACUCCGCUGUCGUUGGCAUUGUCAAAUUUGACCAAAGCUCUGACGAAACGAACGCCUUCCCAGACCGUUCUUCCGGCCGUCUUCGAGAUAUGGACGAGACUACUGACAUCGAAGAAUCUGACGCAAAUAUCCGCGUAUUUUGAAGUUGUAGGGCGUACCCUCCAACAUGCUGAACGCCCGACAGUACUGGAGCACCUUCGAACUGCCUUCAAAAUCUUCUUGGAAGCUCUAGACAUUGUCAAGGUUGAUGAGCUGGCUGAAAUUCGAGUCAUUUCUGCUUUCAAAGAGCUAGUCGUGAAGUUGAAUGAAGCUGCGUUCAGACCUCUGUUCCGUCGCCUUCACGAUUGGGCAUUCGCGGGAGAGAUUGCGGACAACCAACGGAGGACCAGCUUCGCCCGCCUCUACAUAAACCUCCUCGAUUUCUUCAAGGGGCUUAUGGUCCCGUACAUGGCGAUCACGUUGCAACCAUUCAGCAAUAUCUUGAAAGAAUUCUCCACCUUGGAAGACCUCUCGUUAUGGCUGGCUGUAGUUCGUACAAUUACCCGGGCAUUGAACUAUGACGAUGGCGGGUUCUGGCGAGAUGACAAGCUACGGCAAAUUUCAUCGGGUCUAACAGGCCAGAUAGAGGUCUGCAUUAGAUUGAACUUCACAGAGGGCAAAUCAGAAUUGCAAGAGUGUUUGGGAGUGCUCAUUGAGAAUGUCACGGAUGACACCCUCCUGAAGACUGUAAACCUAAACAUCUUAAUGCACACACGUUCAGAAGAUCCUCGGGUUCGCAUAUUCGCCCUGUCAUGCUCAACAGCUCUGUGGAGUUCGUAUGGCGGGAAACUAAUUGGAUUUGUGGCAGAAACGGCAACAUUCAUCGCAGAAUGCAGUGAAGAUGAAAAUGACGUGGUUGUGAAAGAGUCCUUCAGACUGAAAAAUGCUGUGGAAAAUGUAGUAGGGAAGAUAGAUGGGCUAUGA